AUGGCAACUAGCAUUAAAUUAGAAUGGUCUAAACUGCCCACAGGUUGUGACGUAGCAGAAGAGAAACCAGAAAACAAAAGAGAAACCAGAGAACAGAAGAGAAACCAGAGAACAGAAGAGAAACCAGAAAACAAAAGAGAAACCAGAAAACAAAAGAGAAACCAGAGAACAGAAGAGAAACCAGAGAACAGAAGAGAAACCAGAGAACAGAAGAGAAACCAGAGAACAGAAGAGAAACCAGAGAACAGAAGAGAAACCAGAGAACAGAAGAGAAACCAGAGAACAGAAGAGAAACCAGAAAACAAAAGAGAAACCAGAGAACAGAAGAGAAACCAGAAAACAAAAGAGAAACCAGAGAACAAACCUGAAAACUAA